AUGUACCGACAAGUAUUGUCUGUUCGAUCUCGUCUUUUAUCAAUACGAAUUAAUGAAAGGUCUCAAGUUGCUUGUCUCUCUUCAUUACAAGCGGAAUGGAGUAAAGCUGCUACGAAACAAUUAAAGAAAACACCGUUAGAUUCGCUCAAUUGGACAACUUAUGAAGAUAUUAAAUUAAAACCGUUGUACACAUCAGAUGAUGUCAAAAGUAAAGAAGAAAUUCCCGGUGUAUUUCCAUAUACUCGUGGUCCAUAUCCAACAAUGUAUGCUCAACGACCGUGGACCAUUCGACAGUAUGCUGGCUUUAGUACUGUCGAAGAAUCGAAUCGAUUUUAUCGAGCAAAUUUAAAAGCUGGUCAGCAAGGUCUUUCGGUAGCUUUUGAUUUAGCUACACAUCGUGGCUAUGAUUCUGAUAAUGAACGUGUCAGUGGUGAUGUUGGAAUGGCUGGUGUUGCUAUUGAUACUGUUGAAGAUAUGAAACAAUUAUUCGAUUCAAUUCCUCUGUCGAAAAUCUCUGUAUCGAUGACAAUGAAUGGUGCUGUCCUACCAGUUCUUGCUAUGUAUGUUGUUGCUGCUGAAGAACAGGGAGCUAAGCAAGCUGAGUUAAGUGGAACAAUUCAAAAUGAUAUUUUGAAAGAAUUUAUGGUUCGUAAUACCUAUAUUUAUCCACCGGAACCGUCGAUGAAAAUCAUUGCUGAUAUUUUUCGAUAUACAUCGAAGAAUAUGCCUCAAUUUAAUUCAAUUUCCAUCAGUGGUUAUCACAUGCAAGAAGCCGGUGCAACAGCAACACUUGAGUUAGCCUAUACGAUCGCUGAUGGUUUGGAAUACUGUCGAACUGGUCUGAAUGCUGGUUUGGCUAUUGAUGAUUUUGCACCACGUCUUUCAUUCUUCUGGGGUAUCGGAAUGAAUUUCUAUAUGGAAAUUGCCAAACUUCGAGCAGCUCGUCGUCUUUGGGCAACUUUGAUGAAAAAAAAUUUCUCGCCAAAAAAAGCUCAAUCAAUGAUGUUACGUUGCCAUUGUCAAACAUCUGGCUGGUCGCUAACAGCACAAGAUCCAUACAAUAACAUCAUCCGUACAACAUUAGAAGCUUUAUCAGCUGUCUUUGGUGGUACUCAAUCACUCCAUACGAAUUCAUUCGACGAAGCACUUGCUCUUCCAUCUGUACAAAGUGCACGCAUUGCAAGAAAUACUCAAAUCAUUCUACAAGAAGAAACGGGCAUUCCAAAGAUCAUUGAUCCAUGGGCUGGUUCCUAUAUGAUGGAAGCAUUGACUGAUGAAGUUUACAAUAAAGCUCUUGAAUUGAUUAAUGAGGUUGAAGAAAUGGGUGGUAUGGCAAAGGCUAUUAUUGCUGGCGUACCAAAAUUAAAAAUCGAAGAAUGUGCUGCAAGACGACAAGCAAUGAUCGACGAUGGAAAAGAAACAAUUGUUGGCGUAAAUAAAUAUAAAUUAGAGAAAGAGGACGUUAUUCAAGUUCUUCAAAUUGAUAAUCGACAAGUUCGACAACAACAAAUUGAGAAAAUCAAGAAAGUUAAACAAGCACGUGAUCAAUCAAAAGCUAAUCAAUGUUUGGAAAAGAUUCGAGAAGUUGCUCGGGACAAAUCUGGGAAAGGAAAUCUAUUGGAAGUAUCGAUCGAAGCAGCACGUGCUCGAUGUACAUUGGGAGAAAUUUCUCAAGCUUUGGAAGAUGUUUUCUCGCGACAUGUUGCUGAUUCACGUCUUGUUAGCGGAGCAUAUCGAAAAACAUUCAAUGAUGGCAAAGAUAAUAAUGAACUUAAACAAGUAGCCGAUCGAGUCGAGAAAUUCUCAAAAAUCGAUGGUCGACGUCCUCGAAUUCUCGUAGCCAAAGUGGGUCAAGAUGGACAUGAUCGCGGUGCAAAAGUUAUUGCGUCAGCAUUUAGUGAUCUUGGAUUUGAUGUCGAUAUCGGACCUCUAUUUGCGACUCCAUCGGAAGUUGCCCUUCAAGCCAUUGAUGCUGAUGUUCAUGUUGUUGGCGUUAGCACAUUAGGUGCAGGACACAAAACACUUGUACCUGAAUUGAUUAAAAAAUUGGCAGAAUUAGGUCGACGUGAUAUUGUGGUUACUGUUGGUGGUGUCAUUCCACCUCAAGAUUACCAACAAUUGUAUGAUCAAGGCGUAAAACUUAUCUUCGGACCGGGAACUCGUAUUCCUGAAGCAGCUCUUCAAAUUCUUGAUCAUGUCGAAAAGACAUUCACUUCAUCAACUAAAUCGAAAUGA